AGAGCAGUUUUUUUUUACUAACUAAAGCCCAGCCCUAUCACCACCUUCACUCGGCCCCUACCAACACCCUCAGCUAAACGCCACCGCCAAUGAACACGCAGCAACCUGCCGUUUACCUCACCUUCAUCAAACCACCUACGCACUUUCACCUAAAAGCUACUGCCAAGUGCCAACCUAAUCACCAUCACCAUCCCACCGACACCAAUUUUAAAGAUGGUGGUGGAGGCGGUGCGGGAAUUUUGUGAUGGAGGUGGUGCUGCGCACUUUUCUUGGUGUAGGGGGUGCCGGAUUUUUUUGGUGGAGGUGGUGGUGGUGUACGCUUUUAUGGUGGAGGCGGUGCUGAUUUUUUGUGAUGGAAGUGGUGCCGUGCGCUUUGGCUGUGGAGGCGUUGUGGGGUUUUUGUGAUGGAGGUGGUUCAGCUUCUGUGGUGGUGGACUUGUGGGCUUGGCGGUGGAUAGAGCUCUCAGAUCGGUUGUGCGGCCGCAUUCCCUGGGAAAAGGAGAGAGGAUCAGAGGAUAUAAUUGGGGAACAGGAAAGAUAACUUAUAAUGGCGACGAUUUGACACAAAUUGUUCCCCAUAGAAGGAGUGCUUAUAUCAGUCAAAAUGAUCUUCAUUUUGGAGAAAUGACAGUAAGGGAGACACUCGAUUUUUCAGGACGAUGUUUAGGGGUUGGGAAUCAGUAUGAGUUAUUGGAAGAACUCUUAACACAAGAGAAGCAAUUAGGGAUCACCCCGGAUCUUGAUGUUGAUGUCUUCAUGAAGGCCAUAGCAGUUUCAGGUCAAGAAAGUAGUCUAGUUACUGACUAUGUCUUCAAGUUACUUGGAUUAGAUAUAUGUUCCGAGACCAUGGUGGGUGAUGAGAUGAGGAGGGGUAUCUCUGGUGGUGAGAAGAAGCGUUUAACUCUAGGUGAAAUGUUGGUUGGACCAACAAAAGUCUUUCUAAUGGAUGAAAUAUCAACAGGAUUGGAUAGUUCCACCACUUUUCGCAUAUGCAAGAAUUUAAGACAAAUUGUUCAUAUGAUGGAUGUUACAAUGAUCAUUUCUCUUCUACAACCAACUCCUGAGACAUAUGAGCUGUUUGAUGAUAUAAUUCUUCUUUCUGAAGGCCACAUUAUCUAUCAGGGCCUGUGUGAAGAUGUUCUUGAGUUUUUUGAGUACAUGGGAUUCAAGUGCCCUGAAAGAAAAGAAGUUGUCGAUUUUUUGCUAGAGGUAACUUCCAAGAAAGACCAAGCACAAUACUGGGCUAAGGAACAGUCUUCACACAGUUACAUUUCUGCUAUUGAGUUUGCUCAAGCCUUCAAAUCUUUCCGAAUCGGGCAAAAACUAUCAUCGGAUCUUUGCAUUCCUUAUGAUUAUAAAUCUAAAGCAGCCCAACCACCAGGUGCUCUAGAGAAGGAAAUGUAUGGCAUCUCCAAUUGGAAACUAUUAAAGGCUUGUUUCUCACGGGAGUGGAUGUUGAUGAAGAGGAAUUCUUUUGUUUACAUCUUCAAAACAACACAGAUAACUAUCAUGUCAUUGAUUACCAUGACGGUGUUUCUGAGGACAACAAUGCACCACGAAACAGUAGCAGAUGGUGGAAAAUACUUGGGAGCUUUAUUUUUCAGUCUCAUGAAUAUGAUGUUUAAUGGAAUGGCAGAAUUUCCUAUGACAGUCAUUACCCUUCCGGUUUUCUACAAACAAAGGGAUCUUUUCUUCUACCCUGCAUGGGCGUAUGCCUUACCCAUAUGUGUCCUUCGAAUACCUCUGUCGUUUUUGGAAUCUGCAAUAUGGACUAUUCUCACGUAUUACACUGUAGGCUAUGCUCCUGCUGUUAGUAGGUUUUUUUGCCAGUGGCUAGCACUCUUCUGCACAAAUCAGAUGGCUAUGUCUCUCUUUCGCUUGCUUGGUGCUGUUGGAAGAACAAUGGUUAUUGCUAGCACUAUCUGUACCUUAACCUUGCUGUCUGUUUUUGUCCUAGGUGGUUUCAUAAUUGCAAAGGAUGAUAUUGCACCUUGGAUGAAAUGGGCAUACUACCUUUCGCCUAUGAUGUAUGGACAAAAUGCUAUAGUUAUUAAUGAAUUUCUUGAUAAGCGAUGGAGCAUGCCUAAUACGGAUUCAAGAUUCCAUGAACAAACCAUUGGCAAAGUCAUACUAUCCUCGAGAGGCUUUUUUAAACAACAGUAUUGGUUCUGGAUUUGUAUAGGAGCUCUAUUGGGGUUUACUCUCAUAUUCAACUUGUUCUAUAUACUGUCAUUGACAUACUUAAAUCCUAUUAUCCAUUCCAGAACUAUACCGUUGGAGGAGGAUGACAUCCAAAAGGAGCAUGAUGAUAAAGGUAGCCUUGUAAAGAGUACUAGUUCUUCUGUAAAUGGUGCUCCGGAAAGAGGAAUGGUCUUGCAUUUCCAACCUCUUUCACUAACAUUCUGCCAUGUCAAUUACUAUGUGGAUACGACUGCUGAAAUGAAAGGCCAAGGUUGCAAAGAAGAUCGUCUUCAAUUGUUACAAGAUGUUAGUGGUGCUCUAAGGCCUGGGAUAUUGACGGCACUAGUUGGUGUAAGUGGCGCGGGAAAAACCACAUUAAUGGAUGUGCUUGCCGGAAGAAAGACUGGUGGCCACAUCGAAGGAAGCAUCAAGAUAGAUGGGUACCCUAAAAAGCAGGAAACGUUUGCUCGGAUUAGUGGUUACUGUGAACAGAAUGACAUCCAUUCACCUCAUGUAACUGUCUAUGAAUCCCUAAUAUACUCAGCUUGGCUUCGUCUGUCUGCAGAUGUAGACAUAAAAGCAAGAAAGAUGUUUGUUGAAGAAGUAAUGGAGUUGGUUGAGCUUAAACCACUUAAGGAUGCUUUAGUUGGUCUUCCCGGUGUGAGCGGCCUUUCGAUAGAACAAAGGAAAAGGCUGACAGUUGCAGUAGAGCUAGUAGCUAAUCCAUCCAUUAUUUUUAUGGAUGAACCAACAUCAGGGCUUGAUGCUAGAGCUGCGGCUAUUGUCAUGCGCACUGUGAGAAAUACUGUGGACACUGGAAGAUCUGUGGUUUGCACAAUUCAUCAGCCAAGUAUAAAUAUCUUUGAGGCUUUUGAUGAGCUCUUGUUGAUGAAAAGGGGAGGACAAAUAAUUUAUGCAGGACCCCUUGGUCACCACUCUUGUGAGCUCAUUCAAUACUUUGAAGCCAUUCCUGGUGUGCCUAAAAUCAAGGAUGGUUAUAAUCCUGCGACAUGGAUGCUCGAUAUCAGUACUCCUCUAGUAGAGUCUCAGCUGAAUGUGGAUUUUGCAGAGCAUUAUACAAAUUCCUCUCUUUAUCAGAGGAAUCAAGAACUGAUUAGAGAGCUCAGCUCUCCUGCACCAGGUUCUAAAGAUCUGUUCUUCCUAACUGAGUACUCCCAACCGUUCCUUGUUCAAUUUAAGGCUUGUUUCUGGAAGCAAUAUUGGUCUUAUUGGAGGAACUCAGAAUACAAUCUUGCUCGAUUUUCCAUGACCGUUUUUAUAGGCCUUAUCUUCGGUGUUUUGUUCUGGAAUAAAGGAGGCAAAAUAUCUAAACAACAAGACCUACUGAACCUCCUAGGUGCCAUGUAUUCUGCUGUACUUUUCCUUGGGGGUACUAACACUUCUGCCGUGCAAGCUGUUGUUGCCACUGAGAGGACAAUUUUCUAUCGUGAAAAGGCGGCAAGGAUGUACUCUGCACUACCCUAUACAUUUGCUCAGGUAGCAAUAGAAGCAAUUUACAAUGUGAUCCAAACUUUUGUUUACACCCUACUCCUCUACAUCAUGAUUGGAUUUGAAUGGAACAUCGGGAAGUUCUUGUACUUCUACUACUUCAUCUUAAUGUGCUUCCUUUACUUCACACUGUAUGGAAUGGUGCUCGUUUCUCUUUCACCGGGUCAUCAAAUUUCAGCCAUUAUAAUGAAUUUCUUCCUCGGCUUCUGGAACAUAUUUGCUGGAUUCUUGAUUCCUAGAUCGCAAAUACCAAUCUGGUGGAGAUGGUUUUACUGGGCUUCCCCACUUUCCUUGACAUUAUAUGGUCUUGUAACAUCACAAGUUGGCGACAUUGAUUCUACUCUUGUUGUACCGGGAGCAAGCCACAACAUACCCGUUAAGGUCUUCCUCAAAGAUUAUUUUGGUUAUGACUAUGAAUCCCUACCUUUCAUUGUUGUUGCACAUCUUUGUUGGGUCAUGUUCUUCGUUUUCGGCUUUGCUUAUGGCAUGAAGUUCAUCAACUAUCAAAAGCGAUGAAUCCACGAUUUGAUCCGUCAUCUUUUUCCAUGAAGUUUGUGGAUUAGAUUAUAUGUAAGGGAGGGAAUAGUAAAUUGUAACUUGCACUUGAUUAUACAGGUCCAACCCUAAGGGUAAAUAUGGUGUAACCAUAUUUGUUAUGGGAUUAUUAGUUCGUUUUAAAUCAAAAAUGAUCACAUGUAGUUUUGGCGGGAAAGUUGGUUAAGGUAGUUAGCUGACUUGAGGAAUAAGUUGCUUGAAAAUAGGAAUUUUGUUAGAGAAUUAGUUAGCUGAUUUCUGACAGCUUAUAACUAAUUCGAAUGCAUUGUAUUUGGAUAUAUGAAUACAAUUACAAUAACAAAUUCCUCAUCUCUCUCUCUUUCUCUCUCUUA